GGACAUUAUCUCCUGUUCUGAUAGCUGUCCACGUGGCUGACCGUCAGUUAGUAUUUGUAGCACUUACAAGGAAAACACCAAAAAUAUCUUUAAACACGAAGCGAAUAAAUGUGCAGAGCAUUUUUGCAUGCUCCCUCCGAACACUAUUCAUCUGUGGUGUUUGCGUUCGUAGUUCUGUCCAGGGAAAACGCCUAUUUUGUGGCAAAAUAAAAUAACCCAAAAUUUGAUAUUUUUAGUUUCCCUUUGUGACUUCAUUGUCUGAAGAAAGAUAAAACGUUUGUAACACUUUUUUUUCAACCUAAGACAUUACCUCCCUGUAAAUUCAAAACAUAUUUGUUGGUACAAUUUUAUUUUUCUGGCAAUUUUUAAACAUUUCUCUCAAAUUAAAAAUAAUGUCCAUUGGUAUAAGAAUGCGUUUUAAAGGAAAUCAGCCCUUAUUUAUUUUAAAACAAGUUCAGUAGCAGCGCUACAAAAGCAAACCGUCCAAAAACAGACCUGACUGCAGCACGUCAUGUCGCAUAUUGUUGCGUCCUUAUCAGAAUUUGGCACAUAAACCUGGUUUUCCAGGUCUGGCAGUUCUGGGUUUCAAAAACAGCACCGCACCUUCCUGCCCUUCGGUGCAUCUUAGUUCUGCUAGUACCCUGCGCUUUGUGCAAAUCAACUCCACCCCAAAAGCAUUCGAGAGUCGGAGAUUUACAAACUUUGAUAUCAGCAAACGUGAUAAGCUAUUAACACACAAGCAGUGUUAAGACAACUUCUUUUCCGCAGUCGUUCCGGUCGUUUCCUCGCUGACCGACUGGCUGUGCAGCGCCGUGUCACGCACCGGGGGUGCGCCUCGCCUCGCGCUCCCUCGCUGUACCACGGGCGGCGGUGACGUCACGGGGAAGAGUCGCGGCGAGGGGAACGAGCUCGCGCAGGAUAGCUGCCUGGGCCCACAGUCACAACCGCGCCGAAAGCUGACGGGAAAACCGGAUUUACGUCCCCGUCGCGUUAAACCGACGUCUCGAGACCGGACUAAUCUUUGAGCGCGCGCGCUGGGCGACUCGAAACCCGGUCUUCUCACGAGUUACUCCCGAGGGGUAGAUGCCCAGAGGUCACUGACGGGGUCCUGUUGGCCAAGCAGGCGGUCUUCUUUCAACCUUAAAAACACCUCCUGCCACCCUGACUCCCCCCGUCGAGCAGUGCACAGGAGAGAGAGAGAGAGGGAGAGAGAGAGACUCAAUGAAAGAUGACGGAGGAGGUGAUUGUUAUAGCCAAGUGGGACUACGACGCUCAGCAGGACCAGGAACUGGACAUCCGGAAGAACGAGCGCCUGUGGCUCCUGGACGACUCCAAGACCUGGUGGAGGGUGCGCAAUGCCUCCAACCGCACGGGCUACGUCCCCUCCAACUACGUCGAGCGCAAGAACAGCCUGAAGAAAGCCUCACUGGUGAAGAACCUGAAGGAUACAUUAGGACUCGGGAGAACGAAAAGGAAGCCGAGCGUGCGCGACGCCUCCCCCACGCCGAGCAUGGAAGCCGAGUAUCCAUCCAACGGGAGCGCGGGAAUGAGUGGCGUGGGCGGAGCCGAGCGGAUCUACGACCUGAACGUCCCUGCGCUGGUGAAAUUCUCUUACGCGGCCGAGCGGGAGGAUGAGCUCAGCCUCGCCAAGGGCGACCGCGUGGUCGUCAUGGAGAAAUGCAGCGACGGCUGGUGGAGGGGCAGUCACGCUGGGCGCGUCGGCUGGUUCCCCUCCAAUUACGUGCGCGAGGAGACCGGCUACGAGGACGGGGGCUACGGCGAGCCGCCGGGCGGACUCCGCCCACUUGGGGCGGGGCCGGCGGCGAACGGGCGGGCGGCGGGCGGGGUGAUCCACACGGUCCAGACUCUGUAUCCCUUCAGCUCCGUCACCGACGAGGAGCUGAACUUCGAGAAGGGCGAGACCAUGGAGGUGCUGGAGAAGCCCGAGAACGACCCCGAGUGGUGGAGGUGUCGGAACAGCCGGGGCGUCGUGGGCCUGGUGCCCAAGAACUACGUGGCGGUGCUUAGCGACGGGUCAGUCGGCAGAGGCCCCACCUCCGGCCCCGGGACGCCACGCACCGGCCACCUCGAGCCCUCGCGGACCGGCAAGUUUGCCGGGAAGGAUUGGUACUACGGCGGUGUGACACGGCACCAAGCGGAGUGCGCACUUAAUGAGCAAGGGACAGAGGGCGACUUCCUGAUACGAGACAGUGAGUCAUCGCCCAGUGACUUCUCCGUGUCUCUGAAGGCCGUGGGGAAGAACAAGCAUUUCAAGGUCCAACUGCAGGACGGCGUCUACUGUAUCGGCCAGCGGCGCUUUGGCAGCAUGGAGGAGCUGGUGGAGCACUACAAGAAGGCUCCCAUCUUCACCAGCGAGCAGGGCGACAAACUCUACCUGGUCAAGCCCCUGGCUUGAGCUCCCUGGCUCCCCCUGCUGGACUCUCUGCCUCUUCCUGCUGCGCUCUCUGUCCUUUCCUGAUCUCUGUGUCCGCCCUCUGCUCCCACGCUAUCACCUUCUUGGACGUCUCCCAAGCCUCGGGGCUUCAGACGGGAUCCCCUACUGAGCAAAGAGGAUUUUCUGUAGUUUUUUUUUAUGUCUGUCACGCCCCACCCACCCACCACCACCAUCCUAGCCAGGCUGUCAGGUAGCAACCUGAUGUUCUUUUAAGCUGAAAUGUCCAUAUGGCUGUUGGCUAUCUUUUUAUAUAUAUAAAAACAAGUGAAUUCCAGCCUCCGUGGAGGUCCCAGUAACACACACGGUCUGCUGCCACCUUCACUAAGUGAACACCAUUACUGUGCUCUUUGUCUCUGAUUGGCAGCCCCUCUGCCAAUCGGACUCGGACUCUGAUCAGGUAGCGUUAGUCCGAGGCUGCGUCCCCUCUCACUGCAACUCGGACUGUGCGUCCCCCUCAGAGAGCCAGUGUU